ACGUCUUAUUAAUGAGAUCAAACUAAUAUACUUCCUGAAAUUAUUGUAUUACUUUUCUUACUCUUUCCUUGCUUUUUUCCUGUAUGUAUACAGACAAACACAUAAAUUGUGUACGUACAUUUAUCGGCAUAUUUGAUUUUUAUUCACAUAUAUUGUAUUUUAUAUUUUGUUAAUUUCAUGUGCAAAUUAAAGAUUUUGUAAAUAAUUUCAUGUAUACAAUUAUACAAAUGAAUAAUGGUUUAUAAUCAAUAGUAUGAGAAUUGUCAAGAAUAAUAAAUAAUAUUUUGAAUUUAAAUCAAAAGUCAUUUCCAUCAAAUGAUGAAUCAAAACAAAACGGUAUUAAAAUGUCAAUGGUUGUUCUAAAUGUAUAAAUGUGAUCUUAAUCUAAAUUAAAUCUUUUUGAAAUUAAAAAAUAUAUAAAAUACUUAGUUUAUAUUAAAUUCGAAACCUUUACGAAACAACAUAGUUUUCCUAGAUGGCACUGUUUCACGAUAUAAAAAUUUAUAUAUUUUAUGGAACAAAUUGAAUUCUCUAAUAUAUUUAAUAAAAGAACAUCCUAAUUACUUAAUGUAGUAGAUGAUAUUCUAAGAAAUGUGUAUAAACAGAGAGGAGUGUAAUAUAAAUAAUUGCUUCUUUACAUAUAUGUAUAUGUAAUAAAUAGCUGUAGUGAAGUGACAAUGUAUGUCUGUCAUGUUGUUUCUUUCAAAAAUUCAGCUUUUUAUCAAACUAUGAAGAAUUGCGAAUUAUAGCGCAGUGGUUGUUAAUCCUAGAAUAUAUUUUCUGAAGUAUGUUUAAUCCUGUUCAAAUAAAACAUGAAUGUAUGGGAAUAGAAGAUGUUAACUUUGGUGAUAAAGUUAAUACUUCAAAUAAUUCCAAAUAUCCAACAUUUAUUGAAGAAGAUGUUGAUUAUAAAUAUAAUGAGAUAUCACACUUUUGGAGUCACGCACAGUUAUCAAAUGAAAUACAUCCAAAAAAUGAAAUUCAUGGUCAAUAUAAUUUAUUCCAAUCUGAAGAAAAUACUUCUUUAGCAUAUAUGAAAAAUUAUGUACAAAAUAAUACAAAUUUUCAAGUUAAUCAAGAAGGAAAUUUGAAUCAAAUGAAUCAGCAAUGUCAUAUAGACAUGAAUCAAAAAGCUGAACAGUCACAAUGUCCUCAAAAUAUACAAGCAGCAAAGUUUACAAGUCAAAUAGUAUCAAUUUCAGAGCCCAUAUCUUCCAUAAAAUCUAAUCGUCCUGGAAGACCACCCAAAGGUUCUUCAGACACAAACAUAGGAAAAAAACUUAAAUGUCAAUGUGAAAUAUGCUUCAAAGAGUUUGGACAUAAAAGUAAUUUAUUUAUACAUAUGAGAACUCAUAAUGGAGAACGUCCUUAUAAAUGUAAUCAGUGUGAAAAGUGUUUUACCCACAGUGGGAACUUAGCUAUCCAUAUGAGGACACACUCUGGUGAAAGACCUUAUGGUUGCCAAAUAUGUGGAAAAAUGUUUAGUCACAGUGGAAACUUAUCGACUCAUUUAAGAACUCAUUCAGGUAUAAAGCCAUAUAAAUGUGCUGUAUGUGGUAAAGAAUUUAGACAUAGUGGCAAUUUAUCAAUACAUGAAAGAAUACAUUCCGGAAUUAAACCAUUUCAAUGUAAGGUUUGUGGGAAAGACUUUUAUCAUAGUGGAAAUUUAACGACUCAUAUGAAAAAACAUAUUGUAAAUAUUAAUACUAGCAUUAAUCAAUGUGAAAAUAAUGAAAAGCAAGUGUUAUGUACUGCAAAUCUUAAUAACACUACAUCUAUAAAUUCAUUCAAUAAUUUAUCAAUGAUUCAAAAUACUAAUAUCAAACUGAUGCCUAUUGAAAAUAAUAUUGUUCCUAUAAAAAAUGAAAGUAAUGAUGAGGAGUCAACAAAUGCAGUUGGGGUAUUAACACCAACAUCAACUUAAGUAUAUUAAAUAAGUACUUUAAUGAUAGUUUAACUUAUGAAUAUAUUUUAUAAUUAUAAUUGCUGUAAAAAUGUAUUAUCAGAGUUUAAAUUUCUUAAUGAUCAGCAAUUGAUCAUCAAUAAUUAUGGAUAUAUAAAUAUAUAUUUUUUGGAAUUACAAGUUUUAUAUUGUAAAAAGUGAAAUCUCUCUACAUGACAUCUUAUAUAUAUAAAAUACAAUCGAAAAUACGUGCAAUUACACAUUAUAUAAUAAGUAUUUGUAAAUGUAUUAUUAUAUAAUAUGGUAAAGUUAGUAAAAAAUUAUAAUUUUUUAAUUAAACUUUUUGUUUAUUUUAUCACUUACAGCAACAUUUCGACUAAGUAUUUUAAAAUCUCUUUUUAUUCUGCUCCAAAUAAUGUAAUAUUAAAAAAUAUAUUGAUAUAUAUAUUUUUUAAUUUGAUUUAUACUACUGUUAUGUAUAGAAUAAGCCAAAAGUAUACUUGAACUGAAAAUUUUUUUAUAAAAAUGUUAAUGUACUU